ACAAUAAAAAAUAAAUAUGAAUUUAUGUUCUCUAAUAGAUGGCGUUCCUUCCAUUUAUAAACAAAACAUUCCAGCCUGAUAGCAUCUUGGCUGGGCCUUGCAUCAGAUUCGGUGAUUGUGAACAAUAAAACGAAAGAAGCGGUCGGCAACUCAAUCGCGAUUAAUGAAAAAGUGCUAAGCAGGGAACGUUGGCCUCGAAUUUCAAACUAACAGAUUUAGAAUGUCAUGUGAUACUGAACUCAAGUUUUUGGUCGCUUCCUGGUCUCAACAACAACUGGAGAUGAAAAGUAAACUUGUUGUCACUAAUGCCGAACGAUGGCAAGACGAACGGUAUUGUGAAUUUCUUGUGAUGGUUCCGCCCAGUAAUCCCCAACAUGUGCAAUUCGUAUGCGAUAUCUUACCGUUUAGUUUGCGUUUCAGGAAACUUACCUACGUCGGUGGUUUUGAUCUUUCAUUUUGCAAAAAGGAUCCUUCUGUGGCAUGCUGCACCAUUGUUGUAUGUGAUAUUUCUCAGCAACUAAAGGUGGUCUAUGAGGACAGUCAGCAAGUGAAACUUACCACUCCAUAUAUCCCUGGGUAUUUAGCAUUCAGAGAAAUUGAACCUUGCCUAAAUUUGUACACCAAGCUUGUUUCAAAACAUCCGGAAUUUAGACCUCAGGUAUUUUUGUUCGACGGGAACGGAAUCUUACAUCCAAGAGGACUAGGACUUGCGUCACAUUUUGGAGUCUACACGGAUACCUGCACCAUAGGAGUAGCCAAGAAUUUAUAUCAAAUGAACAAUAUUCUAAGAGAUGAUAAUCAUCUAGCCAACAUAAAUAGCCUAAAGGCGGCUGGAGAACAUUUUUUCAUAAAAAAUUCGGGCGCAAGUGGCGAAAUCCUGGGAGCAUUGGUCUCCUGUUAAAUUGUAAACAUAAGGCUCUCAAGACGACGCAGGAGGCAAAACGGCCAAUCUAUGUUUCUGUAGGACACCGAAUUGGUCUUGAGUGUGCAUUAUGGACCGUAAUGCAAUGUGUUCAACGAUUCCGGAUUCCGGAGCCUACGCGGCAAGCCGAUAUCCGAUCUAGAAAAGCGGUUAGAAAACUAGAUGAUACAGAUAUACCUGUAAAUUUGAAUAAUACAACAUAGAAUAAUG